GGCCCUCAUUGAGUCUACUUUCGGCCUUCCUCCGCGGUAUUGCCGGAGUUCACUAAGACAAUGGAGGUGCCUGAAUGGAGGAGGUAGCGAAUCUAGCGUUAUCAUGUGAUGAUGUGCUUUGCCUCGCGUUGAUCGAUAUAUAAGUUCUGCGCCCAUGAUCUUGUUUCCAAGAAUUUUCUUUCCACAACACCCCAUUUGCACCCGUCGACUGACGGAGUGCUUGUACCAUACCACUAGCUUGUCUUUACAACAACAGCCUGGCCUUCUUUUGAUUACUUUCUUCGUGCUGCACGCUCGAUAAGCUUCUUGCGCUCAAGUUCCUUGCAUCAAAUUCAGAGUUUCUCCACAGAUCAUCAAACGACAAGACUUCGUUUCUACCAGACUUUUCAACCAAUCAUACGAUAAGACUUUUACUGAGAUACGGCAACCGUUAUCAUAAUGGCUUCCCGCAGUCAGUUCAAACUUAUUAAGGAGGAGAUGAAGAGAAGACAUCAUCGGCCCGGCGUCGCCAGCCGUAGUCACUUUCUUUGUAUUGACGCCAUGGGAACCCGGCACAAGUCGAUCUUGAAAUUAGAGGCAGAGUUCAACUUCGCUAUGGAUGACGAAGAUGUCCCAGCGAAAUCAUCAUCUAAACUAUCCUCUAAAGCAUCGACAACACCAUCCUCCAAAGCAUCGACAGCACCUUUCGUCGCAGAGCUUUCUCUUCCAGAUCAUCUUGAGUUGGCCGGCUUGCUGCUUGACAAACGCUCUAAGAAUGGUCUUCGUCAGUACCACAGAGCUCAGAUUUAUCUCAGCACUGCUCGAAAGAUCCAAGCACACCUCACAAAAACCUUGAACCAAGAGGUCGGUACUGGAAGUUUGAACACAUACGAGCAGAUGAUGGAGGCAAGACUUGAUAAUGCGGAGAGGGUGGCAAGACGAAUCAUUUCUCUAGAAAGUUUGGUGCGAGAAGAUGAAGCAUGUGUACCAUUACUUGACAUCAUACAUGCUUGUGAAGAAAUCCGAAGCUGGCUGCUCAAUCGGAAGACUACUUUGACGAAUGAAGCUGGCGAAAUGGAAGUUGAUACUGGUACUAGCGCAGCAUACAAUAACCUCAAAGACCCUUUAUACUGGGAGGGCUGUGUAUCGAAUUACACUGAGCCUUCAAAUGUCACAAUGACUACAGAUACCAUAGAUUUGGUCGACGGAGACAUUAGCGACAGCGAUACUAGCACAGUCAAAGGCGUUGAUGAUAAGGAUGUCAAAUGCAAGCUCAACAAUGACUUCUACAAACCAGAUUUGGCGUCUGGUCUAGAACAAACGCUAGAGUAUGAAGAGUUUUAUGAAAUCGCUGCUUUGGCGGAGAAAGACCCCGAAGCUAUAUUUCAUAACGUUAGCGUGGAACUUGGUACAAACCCUAUUACAACAAGUCAGGCCAAGAUUCUCUACGCGUUUGUAUUCUAUCUCCAACGUGAUAGAAUAGGUAUUGCGAACAUGAUGAAUGAGUACCUUGAUAGUCUGGAUUCGAAGAUAGACCCGGACGACGAGGAGUUGUCAAAGUUGAAGAACGCGUUGAGAACAAUGAACAUCAAAGUCAUUGGUGAAGCCAUUGUACCUGGUACAUCCUCUAACGCCUCCCGUCCAUCGUUUCCACCCAUUCCCUCUACCUUCCCCGCCGGCACAAGCUCAAUUGAUGCUGAAGGCGAGUCUCGAAAGAAGAGAAAGCUUGGUGAAGACGAUGAAGAGGGUGAGAUACUUUGAAAGAUGGUUUGGUUUGUAGGGCAACAAAAAUCUCCACUCUGAUUGAUAGCUAGGUUCGUUUUACGCAUGGGAUACAUGAUAUGAGUGGCGGGGACAUGUAGGCCUGAAAGCCUUUAAUAGCAGUUGAACGUAGAAAUAGUACAGCCACUAGAAAAUGAUUUCA